CUUCAAAAAAAAAAAAAAAAACUUUAUUCUUGAAUCAAUUCCAUGGUAGGUACUUCACUACUUCGUCUACUUGCUGCCGUACACUGGGGGAGCCGAGGUGGGAACUGUAUAGAGAGUAGCAGACUGGCAAGCGGAGGAGUCCCUCCACCACGGCGGUCACCGGUAACCAUAAACUGACUCGUGGCAGCGUGCGGUGAUGACGCGUAGUUCGUUCUCAUUUUCUCGCACAAUACGCCCGUCUUCUGGGUUUCAGUGAUUCACCCAAUUUCGUAUCUCAAUCGCCCCUUUCGAUCUGCAGUUGUUAGUUAAUAAUUCUCUUGGAUCGUUGAGACGUUUAUCAUCUCUGCAAAUAAACACGAACACAAUAUGAAUGAAGACAAUAGAGAGGCAUACUCGAGUUUGAACGAAGAAGUUUUUCCAAUGCUAGAGAACUCUGUGAAGGUUUCUAUAGUUCCCCUUGUUUUCCUCAUAUUCUACGAGGUCUCGGGAGGUCCUUUUGGCAUUGAAGACAGCGUUCAGGCAGCCGGUCCACUUCUGGCACUCCUUGGCUUUUUGAUCUUUCCACUCAUAUGGAGCAUCCCAGAAGCCUUAAUAACAGCUGAGAUGGGAACCAUGUUCCCCGAGAACGGAGGAUAUGUUGUCUGGGUAACCUCAGCUUUGGGUCCUUAUUGGGGGUUCCAACAAGGUUGGAUGAAAUGGCUAAGUGGUGUCAUCGACAAUGCUCUUUAUCCUGUCCUGUUUUUGGAUUAUCUCAAGUCGGCCCUACCAGCUUUGGCGGAUGGUUUCCCUCGCGCAAUCGCGGCCUUUGCUUUGACUAUAGUUCUCACAUACUUGAGUUACAGGGGUUUAGCUGUGGUGGGGUGGGUGGCAGUGCUGUUAGGAGUGUUAUCCCUCCUUCCUUUCUUGUUUAUGGGACUAGUGUCACUUCCCAGAAUCGACCCUUCUAGAUGGCUUGAGUUUGAGGGCAUGGGCAGUGUGAAUUGGGGUUUAUAUUUGAAUACCCUUUUCUGGAAUCUGAACUAUUGGGACUCAAUCAGCACUCUUUCUGGCGAGGUGGAGAACCCCGCCACGACACUCCCAAAGGCUCUCUUCUAUGCUCUUCUCCUGGUCGUGUCGGGCUACUUUUUCCCCCUUCUCAUAGGCACUGGAGCCUUGCCAGUUGAUCGCGGCGUUUGGAGUGAUGGGUAUUUUUCGGACAUAGCCAAUAUAGUCGGAGGCGUUUGGCUGAGGCUGUGGGUCCAAGGGGCAUCAGCAGUGUCAAACAUGGGCAUGUUCUUGGCCGAGAUGAGCAGCGACUCUUUCCAGCUUCUAGGGAUGGCAGAGCUAGGGAUGCUUCCGGAAGUUUUUGCCAAGAGGUCCCGCCACGGGACACCUGUCGUGGGGAUUCUAUUCUCUGCUUCAGGAGUUCUUCUGUUGUCGUGGCUAAGCUUCCAAGAAAUAGUCGCGGCAGAGAACUUCCUGUACUGUUGUGGGAUGAUAAUGGAGUUUGUGGCCUUUGUGAAGCUACGGAUGAAGUACCCGGCAGCUUCUAGGCCUUACAAGAUACCAUUGGGGACAAAAGGGUCAAUCUUGAUGUGUAUACCUCCAACACUGUGUAUCCUUGUGGUGCUAGGACUAGCGUCCUACAAAGUCUUGGCCAUCAGCCUCUUGGCUUUGCUCAUGGGAAUGGUUUUGCAGCCAUGUCUGGUGUACAGUGAGAGGAAAAGAUGGAUCAGAUUUUCCGUUCAACGAACAAAAUGAGUGAGGCUCUCUACCCGGUAGGCGUAAUCGCGCUUGUGAAAAAGCUCUUGUCUUUUUACUUGUUUUUUCUUUCAAAGGGUUUCAGGAACCUUGAAAAACAUGCCUUGAGAGGUUGCCUCUUGUGUCUUGUGUAUGAUGCAGUUUUCAUUUUUCAAUGUGAAAUGAUGUUUCUCCCUUUUAGGAUUUGCAUUGUGAAAUCUUACUCAAACUGUUCACUUUUUUUUUGAAGGGUUAUCAAUGUAACUUUACUUAAUU